GAGUGUCGAAGAAACCCUAGCGUCUCCUUCAGCCAUCCUCUUCCUCUCUCUUUCUCUCGGCCAUUUCUUAAACCCUAGUUCUCCUUCUUGAAUAUCUUCCUCUCCAUCUGGUUCGAUCUCUUUGGGCUCUUGUAGGAGAUGAGUUCGGACGACGAGAGAGAGGAGAAGGAGUUGGAUCUCACUUCUUCCGAGGUUGUCACCAAGUACAAGAGCGCCGCCGAGAUCGUUAACAAGGCGUUGCAGCUUGUCGUGUCGGAAUGCAAACCGAAAGCCAAGAUUGUUGAUAUCUGCGAGAAAGGAGAUGCGUUUAUCAGAGAGCAAACAGGGAAUAUGUACAAGAACGUGAAGAAGAAGAUCGAACGAGGUAUCGCAUUUCCAACAUGCAUCUCUGUCAACAACACCGUAUGCCAUUUCUCUCCGCUUGCCAGCGAUGAUACAUUAUUGGAAGAAGGUGAUGUGAUGAAAAUUGAUAUGGGAUGUCACAUUGAUGGGUUCAUCGCUGUUGUUGCUCAUACCGUUGUUCUUCAGGAAGGACCAAUUACUGGGCGUAAAGCUGAUGUUAUUGCAGCUGCAAACACUGCCGCUGAAGUUGCCUUGAGGCUCGUGAGACCUGGGAAGAAGAACCAGGAAGUAAGUGAGGCUAUUCAGAAGGUGGCUGAAGCCUAUGACUGCAAAAUAGUAGAAGGUGUUCUUAGCCACCAGAUGAAGCGGUUUGUUAUAGAUGGAAACAAGGUUGUCCUUAGUGUAUCCAAUCCGGAGACAAGGGUCGAAGAUGUGGAGUUUGAAGAGAAUGAAGUUUACUCGAUAGAUAUUGUAACGAGCUCUGGUGAUGGGAAGCCGAAGCUAUUAGAUGAGAAGCAAACGACUGUCUAUAAGAGAUCUCCAGAUAGGAGUUAUCAUCUUAAGAUGAAGGCUUCCAGAUUCAUAUUCAGCGAAAUCAAUCAGAAUUUCCAACAUUUUCCAUUCACAGCAAGAGUUCUGGAGGAGAAAAGGGCAAGGCUUGGGCUUGUGGAGUGUGUCAACCAUGAUCUGUUGGAGCCAUAUCCCGUGCUUCACGAGAAACCCGGUGAUUUUGUUGCCCACAUUAAAUUCACAGUCCUGCUGAUGCCAAAUGGGUCGGACAGGAUCACGUCUCAUACACUUCAGGAGCUCCAACCCACAAAGACAAUAGCCGAUGAUUCUGAAAUCAAAGCUUGGUUAGCAUUGGGUAUCAGAACAAAGAAGAAAGGUGGUGGAAAGAAGAAGAAAGGAAAGAAAGCUGGAGAAAAAGCUGAGGCUGAGCCAAUGGAUGCUUCAACCAACGGAGGAGGAGCUCAGGAAUGAUGAGCCGACAGAGAAAUGAAGUCUUUCUUCUUUGUUUCAUUGAUACUUUGUUGAGAAUUUUUGUGGUACUCUCCUUUUGUAUGUCUUCUUUUAAAAAAAAAAAGAUGUUUUUUUUAAAUAUUUUGUUCUUUCUCAUA